AUAUUAUUUCUUUUAUGUAUUUUCUUAAUUCAAUCAUGUGAUUUAGGUCUAAUAUAUGCUCAAUCAAUCUAUUAUAAUUUAUACUUCUACCAAUAAAGGGUGAUUAGUUAGUUAGUUAGCCUUAUUUGCCCUAUUUGUUCUUCCUCUCAUUAGAUUCUCCCUUUGUUGACAACAAUGGCAUAUUUCCAAAUAAAUGGAAUUUGCAACUUGUUUUUAUACAUCUUUUUGUUAGAUAUGGUACUAGGUAGUAGUACAAGUAAUUAUUUAAUAAUAAUUUGUACUUCUUUUCACCCAUGUUAACCGCCCAAGUUGAUAACUUUUUUUUUAAUUUUAGAAUUCAAGGUAUAAAUAGGUAGCCGUGUUAUAGUUGACAUUGUGCACAUAAACAAAAAAAAACCCACCACAAAAGUCAAAACUAUGUUUCUGAUUGUCCAUCCUAUAAACUCUAUAUUCGCAUACAUUACAACCUGUCUCUCUUUUAAAAAAGAAUAUUCAUAAAACGGUCAUAUUUUAUGUUAAUUUUGUUAAGUUUUUUUUAAAACUGUAUAUAAUAACACGUCUUGAAUGAUUCAGUCCCUUUUUUCACCGGUCAUCCAUAGCCACAAUCAUAUAAAAACAUUGACUUAUAUGUAUUCUUUGCUUUUAUGUCUAACCCUCCAUUUGGAAGUCCCCUCUACAACGAGGAAGAUGACUUCUCUUUCCCAUAUCAACCAACAACAACAAGAACAAAUGAUGAUCCAAUUAAUUUCCCAAUUACACUUAUUGAAGAUCAAAAUACUUUGCCAAGUACAUCAUCAUUAUUACCCAUAUCAGAGUACCAAGAUUUAAGCAUAUUUCUUGAUGAUGAUGAUCAUGCUAUAGACUAUACACUAUUAGAGAAAUAUGAUCCCAACAACAUAAUACAAGACACCAUUAAUUGGGCAACUCCAAUUGAACACCAGGUUGGUCUUGAACAGGUACAUCAUGAGAUGCAAUACUACUGUCCCACCACCACCAACACCACCACCAUCACCACCGCCGCCACCACUGCUGGUGUUGCAGCUGUUUCUGGUGUUGGGGAAGGAUCAUCAAGCAAGAAACUUGAUCAUAAUGCUAAGGAGAAAGUAAGGAGGAUGAAGCUUAAUGAAAUAUUUUUAACACUUCGAACUUUGCUCCCUGAUUCUAGAAGAGCUAAGAAGAGGUGGAGUGCACCAUAUGUUAUUGACAGAGCCCUCGAUUAUGUACCUCAACUUCAAGCUGAAGUAGAGAAGCUAACACUCGAGAAAAACAACAUGAUUUCAGUACUAGGAAAGAAGCAGAAACUGCAAGUUGUUGUAGAUAACAACAAUGUUGCUAACAAAGAUAACAAGACACUAACAGUUUCGAUGAAUGAAGUGAAAAAUGGUGAAGUGAUAGUCCAAAUAUGUGAACAGAACAACAACAAUGUUGGUAUGUUGUCAACUUUGAUUGAGAAAUUAGAAGGUCAGGGCAUGAUUGUUCUAGGAGCUUCUUCGCAACAUGUUUGUGAAGACAGAUCCUGCUUCCAUCUUCAUGUCCAAAUGGGUGAAAACCCAGUUGAAGCUGAUUAUGUUGCAGUCUUACACAAGAAGAUAAUUUCUUGGUUGUCUUAGUGUUAGUUUAGUAUACAGAGAUAUGUUUUUUCAUAUCAGGACUAAUUUGACUACUAUUUGAGAUCCACAACUCAUGAAGUUGAUCCUGUUUCCACAAAGAAGCCGAAUCAUGCAGUUCUUUCAGAAAAGAAGAUGAACUGGAGAACGUACAGAUCAAAAACUCAAGAAGAAUAUAUAUGUAGUAUAUAUAUAACAUCCUCAUAUAUACGCGAUUAUGUGAUAUUGCUAUAGUUAUAAUGUAAUAACAAAAUGGUUAUGUGAUAAAUAGAAAGUUGAGCCUCAAACCUUCAACAA